AUGGCAUCUUCAUCUUUUCAACAAGAAAAAUGCAACCAUGGUGAUGAUACUAGAAAUAUUGUGUUAAAGAAAGGGACAUGGUCAAAUGAAGAGGAUCAAUUAUUAAGAGAAUAUGUGACAAAUUAUGGAGUUGGAAAGUGGGAUUCUGUACGCAAGAAAACAACACUUGCUCGAGAUGGAAAAAGUUGCCGUUUAAGAUGGUUAAAUCAUCUAAAACCAACUUUAAAAAAGUGCUCGCUUAGUGAAGAAGAAGGAAGAAAACUUAUUUAUCUCUAUAAUGAGUUAGGGCCCAAAUGGACUCAAAUGCUUUCACAGUUUCCUGGAAGAACCGAUAACGAGUUAAAGAAUUUUAUUAAUUCCAAAAAAAAAAGUUUAAAAAAUUCUAGAAAGCAACUUGUUCGAGAAAGCAUACACCAUGUUGAUGAGUUGAAGGACAAUGUUGGAGAAAUUAGUAUGAUGAGGGGUUCUGGUAACCAACAAAAUAAUGCCUCUCAAGAAGAAGAAAUUGCUCUACCAAGAGUGGAAUUUGAUCAUCAAGAAGAUAUUCUACAUGGUAACUAUCUUGAUCAAAGUUAUGAUGAGAAAAAUAAUGAGGAAAUUAUUAUGAGGGGUUCUAGUAAUCAUAGUAAUAAUGCCUGCCAAGAAGAAGAGCUGACUCUACCAAGAGUGGAAUUUAAUCAUCAAGACAUUAUGCAUGGUAACUAUCUUGAUCAAGUUAAUGAUGAGAAAAAUAUCAACAACUUGGAACAACUUUCAACGAUGGUUGAUCAAAGUUAUGAUGGGAAAAAUAAUGAGGAAAUUAUUAUGAGGAGUUCUAGCAAUCAUAAUAAUAAUGCCUGCCAAGAAGAAGAACUGACUCUUACAAGAGGCGAAUUUAGUCUUCAACACAUUAUGCAUGGUAAUAUGUUUUUUGAUCAAUAUUGUCCAUACAAUUUAGAUAUGGAUUAUCAAUAUCUUCAAAAUCCAAUUCUAUCAUCUGAGGAGCCUCAAUAUGAGAUCUUAGAACCUAUGUUGCUAUCUCAAUGCGUUCCUUUUUGGGAACCUUGA